AUGAGGCGGUGCAGGAGUGCCAACUGUGAGCUGCAGGGCCGCCCCAUGCCAGGAGGCGGUGCAGGAGUGCCAACUGUGUGCGCAGGGCCGCCCCAUGAGGCGGUGCAGGAGUGCCAACUGGCCGCCCCAUGCCAGGAGGCGGUGCAAGAGUGCCAACUGUGUGCGCAGGGCCGCCCCAUGCCAGGAGGCGAUGCAAGAGUGCCAACUGUGUGCGCAGGGCCGCCCCAUGCCAGGAGGCGGUGCAAGAGUGCCAACUGUGUGCGCAGGGCCGCCCCAUGCCAGGAGGCGAUGCAAGAGUGCCAACUGGUGGCCCCAUGCCAUGAGGCGGUGCAGGAGUGCCAACUGUGUGAGCAGGGACGCCCCAUGAGGCGGUGCAGGAGUGCCAACUGGCCGCCCCAUGCCAGGAGGCGAUGCAAGAGUGCCAACUGUGAGCUGCAGGGCCGCCCCAUGCCAGGAGGCGGUGCAAGAGUGCCAACUGUGUGCGCAGGGCCGCCCCAUGCCAGGAGGCGGUGCAGGAGUGCCAACUGUGUGCGCAGGGCCGCCCCAUGCCAUGAGGCGGUGCAGAAGUGCCAACUGUGGUGGCCCCAUGCCAUGAGGCGGUGCAGGAGUGCCAACUGUGAGCUGCAGGGCCGCCCCAUGCCAGGAGGCGGUGCAGGAGUGCCAACUGUGUGCGCAGGGCCGCCCCAUGAGGCGGUGCAGGAGUGCCAACUGAGGCGAUGCAAGAGUGCCAACUGUGAGCUGCAGGGCCGCCCCAUGCCAGGAGGCGGUGCAAGAGUGCCAACUGUGUGCGCAGGGACGCCCCAUGAGGCGGUGCAGGAGUGCCAACUGGACGCCCCAUGCCAGGAGGCGGUGCAGGAGUGCCAACUGUGUGCGCAGGGCCGCCCCAUGCCAGGAGGCGGUGCAGGAGUGCCAACUGUGUGCGCAGGGCCGCCCCAUGCCAGGAGGCGGUGCAGGAGUGCCAACUGUGUGCGCAGGGACGCCCCAUACCAGGAGGCGGUGCAGGAGUGCCAACUGUGUGCGCAGGGCCGCCCCAUGAGGCGGUGCAGGAGUGCCAACUGUGUGCGCAGGGACGCCCCAUGCCAGGAGGCGGUGCAGGAGUGCCAACUGUGUGCGCAGGGCCGCCCCAUGAGGCGGUGCAGGAGUGCCAACUGUGUGCGCAGGGACGCCCCAUGCCAGGAGGCGGUGCAGGAGUGCCAACUGUGUGCGCAGGGCCGCCCCAUGAGGCGGUGCAGGAGUGCCAACUGUGGCCGCCCCAUGAGGCGGUGCAGGAGUGCCAACUGUGUGCGCAGGGACGCCCCAUGCCAGGAGGCGGUGCAGGAGUGCCAACUGUGUGCGCAGGGCCGCCCCAUGCCAGGAGGCGGUGCAGGAGUGCCAACUGUGUGCGCAGGGCCGCCCCAUGCCAGGAGGCGGUGCAGGAGUGCCAACUGUGUGCGCAGGGCCGCCCCAUACCAGGAGGCGGUGCAGGAGUGCCAACUGUGUGCGCAGGGCCGCCCCAUGAGGCGGUGCAGGAGUGCCAACUGUGUGCGCAGGGCCGCCCCAUGCCAGGAGGCGGUGCAGGAGUGCCAACUGGACGCCCCAUGCCAGGAGGCGGUGCAGGAGUGCCAACUGUGUGCGCAGGGACGCCCCAUACCAGGAGGCGGUGCAGGAGUGCCAACUGUGUGCGCAGGGCCGCCCCAUGAGGCGGUGCAGGAGUGCCAACUGUGUGCGCAGGGCCGCCCCAUGAAGCGGUGCAGGAGUGCCAACUGGACGCCCCAUGCCAGGAGGCGGUGCAGGAGUGCCAACUGUGUGCGCAGGGACGCCCCAUACCAGGAGGCGGUGCAGGAGUGCCAACUGUGUGCGCAGGGCCGCCCCAUGAGGCGGUGCAGGAGUGCCAACUGUGUGCGCAGGGACGCCCCAUGCCAGGAGGCGGUGCAGGAGUGCCAACUGUGGCCGCCCCAUGCCAGGAGGCGGUGCAGGAGUGCCAACUGUGUGCGCAGGGCCGCCCCAUGCCAGGAGGCGGUGCAGGAGUGCCAACUGUGUGCGCAGGGACGCCCCAUGAGGCGGUGCAGGAGUGCCAACUGUGAGCUGCAGGGCCGCCCCAUGCCAUGA